UUUGUUGCUGUAGUACUUCUCUUUAGGACCAGAGGUAGUUCUCUUUAGAACCAGAGAGAACGUCAGCUGGUGGUUACAUUGCAGUCCUCACUGGGGGCUCCCUGCUUCCUCUUUCUAGCUGGUUGUUCUUCCUGCUUUUUGAGAGGAACUGCGGGUGAAGAAAGCAAGGAGCCGUGAUCAAAGUAAGGAUCUCCACCUCCCCGCCCUUGCUUCCUGGAACGUGGGAUCAAGUGACUUUGAAAAGUACCUGGAUGGAGCAAGGCAGGUGAGCUCAAGCCCCGCCCCUUCACCUGGGAUAUCAUUUGCUCUCGGACGGUGGCAGAAGGACCAAACGGACCGGAAGUAAAAGAAAUCGAAGUCAUCGAAGGGGAAAACCAAAGUUUCUUCGUGCAUCUGUCAGCAGGGUUCAAAAACAUCUCAUACCCUCUGAAGGUUGAACACCUCAACAUCUCGUCCCCGCCAUGAAACUCCACAUCUCCAGCGCUCUUGUCUCUUCCCACCUGCCAUACGCAGCAGACCGGCAAGGCCUACUAUAUAAGAAGAGCAAUCGCAACGCUUCCUACCAGCCGUGUUGGUGUGAGCUCCGAGGAAACCUUCUCUUCUGCCGGGAGCGGAGCGCAGAGCGGGGGCCUCUGCGGCUCAUUGUCCUGGAAGGCUGCACCGUGGAGCUGCAGGAAUCUGCCUCCGAACCGCACACCUUUGAAAUUUCCUACCCUGGUGGCUUGCUUGGCAGCAGAUCUUACAAGAUGGCAGCUGAGAAUCAGGAAACCAUGGAAGGUUGGGUGAGAGCCCUCAGUACAGCGGGAUGCGGGUACCUCCGGGCCUUGGUCGAUGAGCUGGAGAGUCAGUUUCAGAUACUGAAGCGCCAGCAGCCUCCCAAAUUAGAGGGAGACCCGCGAUACUUGACAGCCAAUGUCAAACUACCCUCUUCAGAAUUGGUGGCAGAAGCAGGAUUCCCCAACAUGGGCUUCCCUCAGCUCCAUCAGGAAUUUGGGGAGGAUAUUGUAAGGGUAAGACAUAUGUGGCAGGAGGAGAGGAGAGCCAAGCAGCAGCCAGAGGGUGAGAACCUAAUAGAUUUUUGGGUAGGACAAUCAGCAAUCCCAAACAUUUGACUGCAACCAGCAGGCUACGGGCAAGCUAGAAUAUAUACGAAGACUGGGACAUACAAGAGGCUGGAAUCUGCGAAAUGGACACAUCGUGACAUUUGCUUUUAAAAAAAGAUUGUAAUAAAUUUUAUUUUUUAAA